AUGAAGCCCGCCGUUGGUGCGGCAAAGAAGUCCAAGUUAGCCUCAAACGCGGACGAGAUGAUGAACCUCAUCAUGAAGCGGCGUAUGGAUUACAUACGCAGCCAAAUGAAGGAAAUACCAGAACAAGUAGCCGAGAGAUUGUUAGAGAAGUUGAACCAAAAUGGUGUGAUGUACGAGCCAGCGGCUGCUGCGGCUCUCGGCAACAACGAUGCCGACCUAGAAGUGGAUUCCUUUGAGAAUGGUCCGCCAGGAAAAAAAGAAUUCGUGUACAAGGAUGACUCUGACGGUCUAGAGCCGGUGAAUGAUUUGACACAACCUGACGAGCCUGUUGUAAACCAGAACAACGAUGAUGAGGAAAAAACACCUGCCAAGUUAAAUGUUGACAAGACAACGAAGCCUACUGAUGAGUGUGGCGCAACACCGGAGAACCCUUGGAUUGUAGGUAAUUCUCCUCGAGCAGAAUCGUCCGACAUUGACAUUUCUGCAAGUUCUAUCGACAGGAUGGUGGCUCUGUUUAGUGACAAUGACAUGGAAGGCUCUAUUAAGGACGAUUUGACACCGGAACUCAUUGAUGCUGCUGUUGCGUUUGUGGAGGCAGCUGCUCGGUCUGAGAAGAAUAUGACAAAAAGAGUUUACUACAAUGAACGUGGCACCUGUGUGACUGUGGAGAGUAUACGACCGAUUAUCGAUGCUUAUCAGACACAUUUGGCUCUGUGCGUUGGUCAUGAUCGGCACCUCUGUCCAGCCUGGAGGUCCAAAUACCUUGUUGAUCGUGCUAAGGCACGAGACAACCCUAAACCGUCGAAAUACAACAUGGAUAGUGCGCUGAGCAGAGCUGGAGCAGUACGUAGGGUUCUGGACGAGUAUACCGUCCGUGAUAAG